AUGUCCGGGGAUUGGUUGACUUGCCGCGUGGCGAGUCCUCGAGGCUCCACAGGGACGAGUGUCAACAAAGAGGCUCCACAGGGACGAGUGUCAACAAAGAGGCUCCACAGGGACGAGUGUCAACAAAGAGGCUCCACAGGGACGAGUGUCAACAAAGAGGCUCCACAGGGACGAGUGUCAACAAAGAGGCUCCACAGGGACGAGUGUCAACAAAGAGGCUCCACAGGGACGAGUGUCAACAAAGAGGCUCCACAGGGACGAGUGUCAACAAAGAGGCUCCACAGGGACGAGUGUCAACAAAGAGGCUCCACAGGAACAGGUGUCAACGAAGAGGUGAGUGCAACUCUCCACAAGACCAGUACAGAUCCAGUUGGUUAUACUCCAGGAGAUCCAGUUGGUUAUACUCCAGGAGAUCCAGUUGGUUAUACUCCGGGAGAUCCAGUUGGUUAUACUCCAGGAGAUCCAGUUGGUUAUACUCCAGGAGAUCCAGUUGGUUAUACUCUGGGAGAACCAGUUGGUUAUACUCCGGGAGAACCAGUUGGCUAUACUCCAGGAGAACCAGUCAUCACACCAGAGUACCUAAUCUUUCCAAACUCUUCACAAUUCAAGAAUUAG